AUGGCGAAACUCGAGCCCGGCAUCAAGCUUCCUCGGCCACUGGAGGUCAACAUGAGGUUCAAGAUGGGCGACUUCAGGCAGCAAAUACUGCUGCCACAUGAAAUGUUUUCGGCGCUUUUCCGUUCGUAUGGGCCUGCAUUCCGGUCACAUAUAUUGCCUCGGCCAGAAGAGCUGAACAAUUUCUGGACCAAAGUCGCUGGACACCCAGCCCUCGAAGGCCACGAUGUCUUGUCUAGAGAAGAUCGCUUUACAAAAGCGAUACCUAUCGGAGUCCACGGCGACGAUUGCCCGGUUUCUGGACUGGGAAAAUGUUGGGUCUCGAAGCUAUCGACAAUGAGUUGGUACUCAUUCAUGGGCACAGAUUCCCGAACCAAGGAAAAGCUCAUGUGGAUAUAUUCCUGUCCAGAAAAAUAUCGGUUGAACAAGUCCGACCAGCACGAACCUACUCUUGACACUUUCUUCAGGAUCCUCGCAUGGUCACUGACGUGGCUCUACCGAGGCAAAUGGCCGGAUAGAGAUUUCAACGGUGCCAAGUACAAGACAGGAACUUUGGAGCAUAAGCGGGCUCUGACCCCGCUUGCUGGCGGCUUGUACUGUGUCCUGCUUGGAAUCACAGGCGACCUUGAUUGGUUCGCAGCAGUGCUGAAGCUCCCGCAUUUCGCAAGCUCGAAGGGCCCAUGCUGCUUAUGCAAGGCCCAGGCCAAGGGGCCCUUGACAUUCACUAACUUUCGUGCAAAUGCACCGUGGCGAGACACGGUGUGGAAGGCGACAGAUUGGAUUGCGGAUCCGAACCGAUCUCAGAACCCAAUUUUUGGGGUACCUUCAACAUCAUGCCAUGUCGUGGCAUUGGACCUGAUGCAUUGCAAGCACUUGGGCACAGACAUGUAUAUGUUCGCCAGUGUGAUAUACCUGCUUUGCCACCACAUACUUCCACACGAGCCACAGGAAAACCUGCGGGUUGUUUGGCAAAAGCUGAAGGAGAGCUAUGUCAAGCUUGGUAUUAGUGCUGGGCAGCGGUUCCGGGCCUUGACGAAGACGUCUAUGUAUACCCGCAAGACCGGGUAUCCGAAGCUCAGAGGCAAAGCCUAUGAAUGCCGAUAUCUGGUCCGACCACUAUUGGAGACAUGGAAUCAUUUUCGCAACCCCCGGUUGCAUGUACAUCAACAGAUCACUCUUAUGCUGAAACAGAACAUGCUGAUGGAAAGGGUGCUUUCUGAAAACAAAGCUGCUCUACAGUUCCCUGCGGAGGCGGCUGAAGCCUUCCGGAAAGCCACCACGAACAUGCUGCUGCUCUAUGCUGCUGUCGCGACCCAUUUCGCUAAUGCUGGUAUCCAGGUCUUUGAUGUGACGAGCAAAUUCCACAUGCUCCAACACAUCGCCGACUACUGCGAGUACUUGUCUCCACGUCUCGUAUGGUGUUUUUCUGGAGAGGAUAUGAUGCGGCACACUCAAAAGCUUGCUCAAGCAUGCAGCAGGGGGGUCGGACCCUGUAUGGUUGUUGGCAAGAUGUCUCGCAAGUACCGCCUGGCCUUGCACCUUCAGUUCUCGCAAGAGUGA